AUGACACCCAAGACAAAAGACGGCCAUAUUUGGGAGCCUCACACAGGCUUUCAGAGGGGACUUGAGAGCGAUGCUGUUAUCUCGCCUCAACGGUCAAUCUCUCCAGCCAAUAAGGUUUACGAUGUUAUCGUCAUUGGAGCUGGAUAUGCUGGCCUGGCAGCAGCUCGCGACCUCAGCCAAUUGAAUCACUCUGUCCUAUUGCUUGAAGCACGAGAUCGAAUUGGUGGCAGGACAUAUACUGCCAAGAAGGAUGGGUUUCUCUACGAAAUGGGAGGAACUUGGGUUACUCAUCAUAUGGGUUAUCUGUUCAGAGAAAUGACGCGAUACAAUAUGGACCGCGAUCUCAUAACCACGGGAAGUCCGGAUAUGCAUAAAGGGUACUACACCAUUGAUGUACCAGGUGCUACACCGCGCAAGCUCAGCCAUGAAGAAGCUGGCGCAAUGCAAGCCAAAGCCUGGGACAUGUUCGUCAACGUCGACGGCCAAUUCGGGCGAACCAUCUGCCCUCUACCCCACGCCCAACUAAAGAAUCCCAUUGUUGAUCGCUCAACCGUUGAGAAGUGGGAUCAAGUUUCCUGCCACGACCGUUUCGAAGAGAUCAAGCAUAAACUUACGACCGAGGAACAAGGUCUCUUGGUAUCUCUACUACUUCAUAUCUCAGGCGGAAGAAUGAAAGAGUCAAGUCUUUGGGAUAUGAUCCGUUCACAUGCUUUGCUUAUGCACAGUUCUGAUAACUUUGCUGAUGUUUGGUUGAGAUAUAAGCUCCGAGAUGGCCAGACUGCACUUGCAAAGCGUAUGUUUGAAGAGGCAACAGGAGAUGGGCUGGAAUAUGCCUUCUCAACGCAAGUCAAGUCUAUUGCUCAGGACUCAUCUGGUGAAAGUCCGGUGACUGUGACCAGCAGCAGCGGCAAUGUCUUCCGAGCGAAGAAGAUCAUUACUACCAUCCCUCUGAACGUCUUGAAGGAUAUCGAGUUCUCUCCUCCACUCACACAGCGUCGACAUGAAGCAAUCAACAUCGGUCAUGUCAACCAGAUGACCAAGGUUCAUGCUGAUGUUAGCAACAAGGAACUCGAGAGAUGGAAUGGCAUGAAGUUUCCUGGUCUUCUAAUGUACGGCUAUGGAGACGGCGUGCUACCGAACGGUGAUGUUCAUGUCGUUGCUUUCGGUGCAGAUGAACGGGAAACAUUUGUUCCAGAGAAUAAUGCGGCACAGACUAUUGAAGCCCUCAACAAGAUCCAUCCCAUGGAUGUCAAGAGACUGAUGAUACACAACUGGAGCACUGAUCCCUUCUCCAAAGGAGGUCCUGCCUGGUGGCAACCUGGCUACAUGUCCAAGUACCAAGACGAGCUUCAGAGUCGACACGGCAAUGUCCUUUUUGCUUCGGCUGACUGGGCGCAUGGCUGGAGAGCUGCUAUUGAUGGUGCUUUGGAGCAGGGUUGUCUUAAUGCUCAGGUCGCUCAUCGUGAGGUCAGUGCUGCUAAGAAGAAGGCUGUUGGUAGUAAGCUUUGA